AUGGAAUCAGCCAAGGCCGUCCGUGGCUCCAACUUCACGACCGACGAAGACUGCCAGCUUGCCCGGUCAUGGAUCAACAUCUCUCAAGAUGCGUCCAAGGAUUGGAUUGGGGCCAAAGUAGUAGGUAAAUCCGAGCAUGCGCAGCCUCGCUAUCUCGUGUACUCGUAUGCAAGGUACGCGACGGAUGUCAAGGUUCAGCCAGCGACUCGUCCGAUCGGCUGUUUUGGGGAGCAAAAGCACUACUUCAGCGGGAAGCACAAGCUCUACGGUCUCAAGAUUGAAGCGGUUGCACCGACGGGGUCUGACUUUCGACGCGAUGAGCUGCAGUACGAACGCGCAGCGGAUAUGGCGACACUCAGUUGUGCACAACUGGAUGUGCAGGAGUUUGGCCAAUGCCUGGGCUUUCUUGGCGAAAUCUACGGAAGGGUGAUUGAGAUGAAGCAGAGUGACGCCAGGAAGCUGCCUUACUGGGUGACUGCGUCGGCGUGA